ACUGUCGGCUUCAUCGCGUGCACAUGGCUGGUAUGGUGCUGGCGCGGGCCUGGAAACAGAUGUCUUGGUUCUACUACCAGUACCUGCUUGUCACAGCGCUCUACAUGCUGGAGCCUUGGGAGCGGACUAUAUUCAAUUCUAUGCUAGUGUCCAUUGUGGGGAUGGCACUGUACACAGGAUAUGUCUUCAUGCCACAACACAUCAUGGCGAUACUGCAUUACUUUGAAAUUGUACAGUGAUCAAGAUGUGACCAGGAUGCAGAAUUUCCUUAGGAAGGAAUCACCCUCUGAAGCUGGAAUGGGACUUCAUCAGAUGCCAUAAGAAACUCUAUUCGACGUCAACAAAAGCAACCUUAGGAAUAUAAAGGCUAAAAUUCAUGAGUAGAACAGGAAAAGAGUCCUGACUCAUGUGUUAUGUUCUUUAUUUUUAAUUUUAAAAGAGGCUCUUGUAUAGUAAUUUUUUGUCUAUUUUAACAUUGUAGCCAUUUGUACUUUGAUAUCAGUAUUUUCUUAACCUUUGUGACUGUUUCAAUAUUACCCCUGAAAGCUUUUCUUAAUGUAACUUUGAGUACAUUUUAAUUGCCUUCUAUUUUUAAAAUCCAAAGUCAUGAGUUGGCUUUACUGCUCUUACUGUUGUAUGACAUAUACAUCAGCCUGGAUAUAUUUCUACACUUGACCAAAGUUUUGUAAGAAAUAAUACAAGAUUUGGGGCAUGAGGGGAGGGGAGGGAGGAUAUUUUAUUGAGCACUACUUACAAAAAGUUACCUAUAAGUUUGAACUCAGGAGUGCAGUUUUAGCUGUCUAGACUCCACUUUGAACAGCAUUUGCUUUAAAACUCUUAAAGUGUUUCUUUACAAUGAAAAAA